AUGCGUCCACCUCGACGUAUCCUUCCAAAUCUUCCGGACGUGUUUCUUCGACGUAUGUUCCAAUGCUUAACCUAUCGUGAACUAUGCAAAGCGGAAUGUGUAUGCAGACGAUGGCAGAACAUUGUCCUGAUGUUGAUGCGACGAAAUAUUCAUGAGAUUACGAUAGAACAGUUCGGCGCAUCCACAAUAUCCGCCGAGCAACUUGUACCGCUUCGUCGUUUAACGGUGACAUGUCCCGCCAACGCUUUCGACUUUCAAGCCGGUAUCAUACGAAGGUCUCGACUGACUUUGGUGCGACUUACGACCGAUAUUCAAUUCCUUUCUAAUUUACAGUAUGUUUAUGUAAACAAAGACGAAAGACGUAAAUACUUUUCGAAUGUCGAAGAACUUUGGCUGCUUGUGAUUUCGUGCACCGACGAUAUCACGGAACGUUUCUUACAUAUAGAGGAAAUGCUAUUCAGUGAAAUCACCAAGUUGACGAUUCAAGUACACGUGACAACCAAUCACUGCAAAAACGUCGCAACCGUAGUGCGUGCGUUUUCGUUGCGUCAUCCGAAAGCGUCCAUACAUCUGGAAUUGCAUGCUGACGGUAGCUCUAUGAUUAUUACACAACUACAUGAGCUGGAAGCGCUUUCCAUCGAUCGGAUCAAAGUGAUUUGUACGGAUUUCGAUCUGCCAACUCUACGUUUGGAUCAGCUGUAUGAAGUGAUGCGAAAACGAGAGUUAUUGGCGAAAAAUAUUGCUUUGAGGGACUGGACAUUGUUCAUCAGUGGUUGCACGCCUAUCACCGCCAAUCCUAUCGAUACAUUGAGGAUCAGCAGUUGUACAAUUGAUUCUGUUGACGACCUUAUAAAAAGCAUCCAACUUACAGUACAACAGCAAUUACCAUCAGAUGGAAAGAAAAAAGUGAAGAGAAGCAAGACUGUUGCCGCUGUUGAAGUCGAGAAAAAAGAUACGACAAGGAAAAUUGUAAGAAAAGUGGUUAAAAGACGAAAGAAACCGUUCAUCAAAAAAUUGGAAAUAGCCGGUCAAUGCACACUACGCGGUCUACAAUUUCUUCAGAACAAAGCCCACAUCGAAUUGCAGAAACGUCUGAACAUAGCUGUUCCAGAAUUAGAAGUUGACUGUGAGGAUAUCUACUAUUGCUGGUGA